CACGUCUACACUCAGCAUGAAGGCCGCCUCCGCUCUCCUCGCCGUCUCGCUCGCGGCUGUCGCCAGCGCUCGCACCUUCACGGUGUACAAUGGCUGCCCGUUCACCAUUUGCCCUGCUAUGUUCACCGACCUAAACGUCGGCAGUGCUGUUCCCAGCUACCAAACUGGAUGGGAGGCAGCUGCAUACACCUCCGUGAGCUUCACAGUGCCCGACAACUGGCAAGCUGGCCGCAUCUGGGGUCGCCGCGAUUGCGACUUCAGUGACUCGAACCCUGCCACGCAGUGCGCCGACGGCGGCUGCAAUGGCGGUCUGGAAUGUGACCCGCACACCGGGACGGGCGUCCCGCCUGCCACGGUUGCCGAGUUUACACUCCAGGGCAACGGCAAUCUCGACUACUACGAUGUCUCCCUCGUCGACGGCUACAACCUGCCGAUGCGCAUCGACAACACCCAGGGCUGUGGCGUCGCGUCGUGCCCAGUCGACCUUGGCCCGAACUGCCCUUCUCCGCUGAUAGGCCCCUUCGAUUCGACCGGCUUCCCCGUCGGUUGCAAGAGCGCUUGCGAGGCAAACCUUGACGGAAACCAGGCCAACUCGCCCAACUGCUGCAGCGGGCAGUACGACACUGCGGCGACGUGCCCGUCCUCUGGCGUGGCCUAUUACUCUUACUUCAAGGGCAACUGCCCCAACGCGUACGCAUAUGCCUACGACGAGAGCAGCGGUACCGCCCUCUGGACCUGCAACUCCGCCCUCGCGCCCGACUACACCGUCACUUUCUGCCCGGCUAGUUAAAAGAUACCCUAAAAGAUACCCAUGGCGUCUAGUACGGCCAACGGCCACGGCGGCGGAUGUGGCACGCAUCUAUCAUAGUGAGAGGGUGUGCUCGUGUAGAUGUAUAGUAAAUGUACACGGAAGAUGCUGGGAAAUGAAGAUCAUGGUAUUACCAAUUCCACUCGCGAUCUCGCCGGAUCUCCUCUGCCCUGCGCGCAACAAUCUUCGCCGUCUCGGCGCCCCAAAGCUCUUCAGGCCGCUUCUCAGUGUCGUCACCACCGAUGCCGAAGACCUCUUUCAGGUGCCUGUCGGCCUCUUUGUCCUCCAUCACGACGCAGUUCUCGAGCAUGAGCGGCCGCUCGGGAUCCCAGCGGACAACCGUAGGACGCGUCGGGACCGGAUGUGGAGGGACAACAGAACGGCCUCGAUGAAUAUCCUCAAAGAGCAGGCCAACAUCAUCUUCAUCAACGGGUAGACGGUUCAACGUAUGGCCAGCAAUUUUCUCUUCUCGGUGCAAGAAGUCGCGCCACAUCUUCUCGUAUAGCUUCUUCCUGCCCUUCACAGCCAACGGAUUCAGGACAGGCUUGCCAGCCAUCUCGCACAAGAUGUAUGUCGCUAUGUGCAAACCGAAUAUUGAUGGCAAUGGUCCAAGUACGGGUAAAAUCCGAACACGAAAGUCGUCGAACACGCCAAGCUCCUUUACGUCGCCCUUCUUGAACUCUUCUUCAGGUAGCGGCAGCAGCUUCACGUCGCUCGGCACUUCAGUUGAAUAAACUACCGGGAUACCGGAGGAAACGCCCUGCGUGCGCAGACGCCGCCGCACAGAGCGGGCAAGAGGGUCGUAGAUGGUGUGCGAGAUGUCGCUGAUUUGAAUCCGCGUUGGGUCGGCUUUUGCACCUGCGCCCAUGGACGAAAACACCUUGAUGCCGUGGUCGUGGCAGUACUUCAGCAGGUCUACUUUCGUAGUGAUGUUAUCAAUGGCAUCAAUGACCCAGUCAGCGCCAUCAAGCAACAGCCCUCCUUGGUCUUUCCGCCAGAUGUCUACGCGCCCAUCUACACGCACCCAACGCGAAAUCUGCUUCAGCGUGCGCUCGAUACAGCUGACCUUCGGCGUGCCGACAUCUGCAAGCGUGGCUGUCGCGUGCCGGUUCAAAGAGGAGAGGGUAACAUAGUCGAAGUCGACCAAACGGAUAUCAGUCACUCCUGACCGCACAAGCAUGACCGCCGCCCAGCUGCCUACGCCUCCGCAUCCGACCACGACGACUUUGCCUCGCCGAAUUUUCGUCAUGCCCUCUUCACCGAAGAAUGCAUAGUUCCGAGCGAGCUGCUCGCGGAUGAGCUCUUCGCUGUAACCCCCGGCCAACGCAGGCGGUGUUGGCGGGGUGGCCUUGCCUGGCGACGAUCCUUCUAAUAACGUUGCGCUCGCCUUGGCCUCUUGUUCCGAAAGUGAGCGCAGAAUCUCAUCGUUCAAGUCUCGACGUUUUUGUCUGCGUGUGUGGCCAGUGUAUGCGGCGAGGACACCUGCGGUUGCUGCAGACGCUGCGAUCGCUGUCAGCACUAGCUGAGCUUUGUGAGAGUUCAAGUCGAUGAUCAUGAACUUCGUAGAAAAGGUCGUUUAGAAGAGACUGGGUUC